GUAUUUUUAUUUAUCUUUGCGAGAGUCAAUUUGUGGGGGGUUUUUGGUGGCGACUCGUUCCGUUGACAGAUGCGGAUGCGGUACCUUUUAAACACAGCUUGGCGCGUUGGUAAUGAGCGAUACAGCAACUGUAUCGAUCACGUGACUUUUUCUUAAAGCGACGCACGCACCGAUACAGGCAUCGCUAGGUGAGCUUGAUACAUGCGCCGGUGCGUCAGUGUUGCUGGACCCAUCACUAAUUUAGAGUAAUAGCUUGAUGUGUGUUUCAAAGGGUUUUUUUCAUAAGAGCUUCAAACAAACAGGUGACUGAUCUCGGAAACGAUUUAAUGCAUUUAAAAAUGGCUACAGCUACCGUCAGCAUGCUUGCUAGGUACAGUACGGUAACGACUACACGUGGCUAGUGCAGCAUUAGCCAUUUAAUCCAACGAUGAUCAUUAAAUCUAUUAUAAACAUUUAAGGACUUGUGUGUUGCAAAAUAGCCUCACAUGGUGUGUAAAGCAGUUUUUGCGCUAAUAGUUCUGCUAGCUCUUUACAAACCUAUGAUGCUAACGUUAAUUGCUAACGUUAACCGGAGCGCCAAGCUUCAAGCUGCUGACGAACUCUAUCAAGACAUGCAGAUCAGCAUCAAUGUCAACGUGAAGAACCGAGUUAUGUUGCCAGUGUCAACCCAACAAAAGGCACUUUCACAAUAUAUAAAAGAAGUGUUUGGAACUGAGGUGCUUCCUCAGGAGCUGCUUCAGUUGUUGGAGGAUGGAGAAGAGGACGCAGCCAUGACUUGUGAGACGGCGUCUGAGUCAGCUACUACUCACUGGGCGAUCAGAAACAUGGUGUCCUUGCAAAAGCGGAAAGAGACCAGGCCUUGUCUUAUAGACAAUAUGUUAGCUACUCUGGAUCCACUGUCACACCGUGUGUGUCAGUGUGGCAAACAAGUAGUUGUGAGGUGUCUGGACUGCCUGCCUCUUCCAUUCCUUUGUGCUGACUGUGAUAUUGCAGUUCACACACGCUUUGUCCUGCACAACAGAGGCAGUAACAGGAGGGUUUUUGCAGUCUUCAUAAGUCUUAUGCAUUUCUUGCUAUGUACUAUGAGUGGUUGCUGUUAUUGUAUUUUUAUUGUGUAUCAGUCAAUUUCCAAUUCUUUUUAUAUAUAUAUUGUGUGUUUUUAAUGUUAGUUCGGCUGUUGCCUGUGCAAAGGCCAGACCAUGUGUGUGACUGCCCAGCAGGUAACGUUGAGGUUUCACCCGGCGCAGUUGUGGCUCUUGUAACCAUAAAUGGCCGUUAUAACCUUGCACUGCCAGUGGUGAGCUGCACCAGCUGUGACCUAAUGUGGUCCCCCUCAGUUAAGGACAUCCUGGGUAGUGGAUAUUGGCCUGGCACUUUAAAUUUCUGCACCCUGUUUUCAAUGGAUGUCUUUCAGUCUUUCUAUGACAUUAAGAAGGCUGGAUCAGGGAUGUCACUUAAGGCAUUUGUCAAAAUGCUGGAUGAAAGAACAGCCCAUUUUGGAAGGACUGGCCGAAUAUCAGCUGAUGCCUUCAGUAGAAGUUUCUUGGAGUGGAGUGCUGUAAAGUUUGAGGUGGACUGGAUGUGCAAGGAGCCAUGCUUUAGCUGCCCUGCCUGCACUCCAGACGUGCUUGCCGUCUCAGUUGAUGGAAACCGUAAGCUUUAUCGCUUUCAAUCAAAUACAAGCACUUCAGAGCAGGCAAACUUUGAAGGUGUCUUCAUUGAAAAAGAUGAGGAAGUUGCUGAGUUUAUGAAAUACAUCCAGAGACACACAAAUGAUGUGGCUCAGCAGUGCCCUGAGCUGAGGAACCUCUUGUCAAUGCAUCCUUUACUCUCCGUCAUGCAUGCAAAGGCUCACAUUUGGAAAUGCGAGAUCAAAUGGGGAGGUGCGUUUCAGGAUGGGGCCGGUUCUACAGUUGGAAAAGAGGUGGGACAAGUAAACAGUUUCCUGUCUAGGGCGGCCAUCACAACGAAGUACAUGUCUAAAGCAGGGCGAACAGACAUGCUGACCCUCCUGGCUUUGGGGUGGAACAAAAGGAAAGUGGAACAACUGGGCCGCAGUUUGAGCCAGAGAUAUCUCAAGAUCAUAAGGAUCCUUAGAGAACAAGUGGAGAGCCUGAAUGCGACCAAAAAUGAGCUGGGUGUGGAUGACAACACACUGCAGCAAUGGGUGGCCGAUGUGCAGAAAUGGGCUGAAGAAACUGAUCAAACUGAUGGCAGCCUUGGAGCGUUGCAGGCACGCUUGUCGUCAUCAUCAGAGUGCGAACACAAAGUCUUUACAGACAAAAUGGUGUCACGGUUUCUUUGAAAUGGACCGUUUGAUGCUCAGUUUGUACAACUUUUACAGCUACUUUGUAAACAGAAUAAAAUCAGAUCCAGGUUUGUUUAAUCUGGAUGUGAUGCGUGUUCUAGCAAACAAAUUGAUGAGUGUAGACUAAAAUGUAACUAUAUACAUUAUGUGAAGGUGUGAAUUUUUUAUGAUUAUUUACCGAUAGCAACAAGAGGCGACACAGAAUUCGCAAAGUCAUCUUAGAUGAGAAGAAACGCUUGGCGGCUGCUGUUGACGACUACAACAAGCUUGCUGAACCAACAAAGCAAAUCGUAUCCAGUGAUGCCCUCAUGCAGACUGAUAUUUGGCCCUGGCAGAGCACAAGUGAACCUGCUGCUGACCUCCAGACAAAGAGAAAGGUCUUUGAGAAGGUGAUGGCUGUGAGGCGCCUGAGAGAGGAGGAGAUGAUCCUUUGCAGGGAGAUGCUGCAUCACUGGACAGUGUUGCGAAUGCGAUCUGUGGUGUUGGGGACAAUCUCCUCAGACUCCUCCCUUGUUGGCAUGUCGGAGGAUGCACAGAAGGGACUCUGUAGCCUGGUUUUAAAAAAACAAAGUGAACUGAAAGCUGAAAUGCUCAAAGUAAAGGACACGUGCAAGAGAAUCUUCAGCCACCAACCACUCCUGGAAAUGGACUCGGAGGAGGAGGAAGACAUUCCAGACGAUGCCACUGAGAGUGAUUUGAGCACUUCUGAUGAAGACUGGUUGUGUCAUCAUUGAUGUUAUGUUUGGUAAAAUAAAAAGUUAAUCACA